AAACGUACCCGGCUGCUGCGAGAUGAACAUUAAAUCCGCGCACUGUUAAUCCUACACUCUCAGCAACCAAAACCGAGGAGGACCUUUGCCAUAGAGACACUAAGCGAUAGAACAGCACCUUCCAAGACCAAGAAUCGGACUAAAUGGCUCUCUAGCCUCCUAUCGCUGUGAUCUCGGCGUUCUCGGAGAGCGGGACGACGGUGGCGCACGAGGACCAUGUUUGCGCUCUUGGCGGUUGUCCGGCGGGGGCUUUUGGUGGGCGACGCCGGCUGCAGCGUCGCCCUGGUUCGAAGUGUCCAAACCAGUCUCCAGAAACUUCAAGGCUUAGCUGAGAAUUCAGGCAGCCAAGAAGCUGACGCUCUGGAGAUCCAGACCAAAGAAGACUUCAGCUUCUUCUCCCCUGUGCCUGGAAAAGGGAGCAUGCCCAGUUGGGCUGGAAAGAAAUAUGAUGAGAUCCCAAUUAUUCAUAUCAAAGCUACAUAUAACAACACUCAUAUCCAUGUGGUCACGCAUCAGAACGCUUCUUUGGCCCUGGUCACUUGUGGCACUGAAGGAUUCAAGAACGCCAAGAAGGGCACUGCUAUUGCCGCCCAGACUGCCGCCAUCUCAGCAGCAGCGAAAGCCCAUGCGAAGGGACUGUCCCACGUGCGAGUAGUGGUGAAAGGUUUGGGCCCCGGACGGCUGGCGGCCAUCAAAGGACUCACCAUGGGGGGCCUGGAGGUGGUCUCCCUCACCGACAACACCCCCAUCCCACACAACGGUUGCCGCCCACGGAAGGUACGAAGGCUAUAAAGCAGGAGACGGCACAGUCCACUGGUUCACCAUUCCGCGCAUUCUGGAGACGGCUCGUUCGGUCAUCUCAUCCUUGAUUUUGGGGCGCUGUUAAUAGGGGAUUUUUGUAAAGAAGCAAGAAGGCACUUCGUUGUCAUCUGAAAUACCUAUAAAGAAACCCCUAUAAAGUCUAUAUGCAACACCGUUA